CCAAAGUGCUGGGAUUACAGGCGUGAGCCACCACGCUCAGCCCUAUUAUUAUUUUUGACAACAACAGCAACAAUCUUUCUGCCUAUCCGACUGCAGGAAUUUAAUACACAGUCUUUUGUUAGUGGUAGAAAUUCUAUCACUGUAUGACUCAUGAGUACAUAACCAUGUGCUAUACCAUACUUCCUCUUGGAGGGCUAAAUUCCCUGCACUCUAAGGGAGGAUUUCAUUAUGCGUUUCUCUUGUAUCACCAGAAAAUUCUUUAGUGGAAGACAGUUUAAUAUUUGAUAGCUUUGAACUUCUUUUUUUUUCUCUUUCAACCAGUCUUUUUACAUUGCCUGCUUAAAAACAGGAAACCACAUAUCUCCACCCCAGAUCAUCCACCAGCACAGACCGUAUCAGUUUAUAUCUACAGUCUUUUUCUUCCGAGCCUGGCCAGGUGCCUGCUCCUACUUUGCAGGAAACCCCUCCAGGCACUCCCAGUGGUGUUCUCAGAGCCCUUCUCCAGAAUAUUCAGGAUCGCACCUCCCGGGCUGCAGCGCACCCUGUACCCUCCUUCUUUGAGCCUCCUCCCCUGAGUCACUGCCAGCCUUCCCUGCUCUAACUUCCCCUUCUCUGCAGCCUCCUUAGCAAUUUCUUAUCAUAAAGUUUGUUUUAAAGCAGAACCGCCCGUCGAAAAAAAUAAUAAACUGUCCAGGGCUGUAGCCCCGUCGAGAGGUUUCCGACUUUGCUCUGCGCCCACCUGAAGCCUCCCCAGCCCGAGAUCAUUCAUUCUGUGGGAAGCAGGGCUCCAUGUCAUAAGGACACUCAAGCCCCCUGUGGAGCAGUCCAUGUGGAGGCUGAAAGGGAAACGCUAGCUGCCUGGGGGCUGUUAAAAUGAGUGACAACACUGCUCUGGCUGUUCCAGCUUCAAACCAGGGUCCUGCCACCCCACGCAAAGGCCCUCCCAAGUUCAAGCAGAGGCAGACUCGCCAAUUCAAGAGUAAACCUCCAAAGAAAGGUGUGAAAGGAUUUGGAGAUGACAUUCCAGGAAUGGAGGGGCUAGGAACAGAUAUCACAGUGAUUUGUCCGUGGGAGGCAUUCAGCCACCUGGAAUUGCAUGAGCUCGCUCAGUUUGGGAUUAUUUGAGGUGCCAGAGGUUCUGCCACUCUCAACGACAUCUGCUGUAAUUUUGGUUACUUUUGCCCUGAUGAUCUGCCGGAGUCUUGAAAUUCAGCUGAUUGGAAGUGGUUUUGUUGACUUUCGAGGUCAUUUCCUAUCAGUUACUACUAAGAGUUCUCUUACUGUCAGAAUCUCUCUUGCAGUACAGCUCAAAAUAGUGGAUGCAUUUCACACUUAACCACCUUUUCCUACCAGCUAGUUAGAAGUCAUCAAUAUUUCUCUACAUUUUGUUUAUGUGUAAGCCCUUUAAAUCUAUUUUUGCUAGGCAUUCACUAUGAUUAAUAGGAGACCUUUAAGAUUACAUUUAUGUCACUCCCCACCUCCUCUUAUUGAAUAAAGGAGAUAUUUACCUUGAA